AUAAAUACGGGCAGCCACCAUACAUCCCAGGGUCACCACACAACACAAGACCAACACACAUCUGUCGACGAGAGUAAGAGAGAUCGAGGGACUCAACUGUUCCAAUUCCACACACAUUCCACUAGCUGCAGCUUAAGCAUCGGCACUUGGAGCAGCACCGCAUCACCAUGUCGUCCAACUGCGGUGAGGAGAAGGAGCUGGUCUGCGUGACCGGCGCCGGCGGCUUCAUCGGCUCCUGGGUGGUCAAGGAGUUGCUCCAGCGUGGCUACCGUGUCAGGGGAACUGCGAGGGACCCUGCGGACAGCAAGAACGCCCACCUGCUGGCUCUGGAUGGCGCCAAGGAGCGCCUCACCCUGUGCCGCGCCGACGUCCUCGACCGCGCCUCCCUCCACGCCGCCUUCGCCGGCUGCAACGGCGUCUUCCACGUCGCCUCCCCGGUCUCCAACGACCCGGAGCUGGUGCCGGUGGCGGUGGAGGGCACCCGGAACGUCAUCAACGCCGCGGCGGACGAAGGCGCGCGCCGCGUCGUCUUCACCUCCUCCUACGGCGCCGUCCACAUGGACCCCAACCGUAGCCCCGACGCCGUCCUCGACGAGACAUGCUGGAGCGACUACGACUUCUGCAAGCGAUCAGACAACCUGUACUGCUGCGCCAAGAUGAUGGCGGAGAUCACGGCGACGGAGGAGGCGGCGGCGCGGGGGCUGCAGCUGGCCGUGGUGCUUCCCUGCAUGACCAUGGGCCCCAUGCUGCAGCAGACGCUCAACUUCAGCACCAACCACGUCGCGCGCUACCUCAUGGGCACCAAGCGCUCCAUCCCCAACGCCGUCGCCGCCUACGUCGACGUCCGCGACGUCGCGCGCGCGCACGUCCUCGCCUACGAGCGCCCCAGCGCGUGCGGACGCUACCUCUGCAUCGGCACCGUGCUGCACCGCGAACAGCUCGUCGCCAUGCUCAAGGAACUCUUCCCGCAGUACCCCGUCACAGCCAAGUGCGAGGACGACGGCAAGCCGAUGGCGAAGCCGUUCAAGUUCUCCAACCAGAGGCUCAGGGACCUGGGCUUGGAGUUCACUCCGCUCAGGAAGAGCUUGUACGAGACCGUGGUGUGCCUGCAGCAGAAGGGUCACCUGCCUGUCAUCCAACAACAGCAGCGCGCGUACUUGUAAACCAGACCAGAGGACAUGCCGGGAUUUCUCAGAUAAAAGUGAACAUGGCAAACAACACACAGAAAGAGAAGCACAAGAAGAUGAUAUGAGGAAUUUGUAAACUUCGUAUACUCUUUUUUUUUUCUUUUCUAUACAAGUGUAUUACGUUGUUCACACACACACACACACACACACACACAUAAAAUCUACAGUUGUAUGAUCCAUUCUUAUUCUGUAUCAUGGCACAUGUAAAGUCGUUAAUGUGA